AUGCAGCCAAGGUCCGCCGGCCGGGACUCGAACAAGGGUCUGCUGCGGCAUGUGCUCUUUACCACUCGAUCACCUGCACGCCAAAUAGUGGUCACUUUCGAUUGUCAAGACCCAAGUCCCGCCAACGCCCUACUUCUGAUUAGCUAUUGGCCUAUUGUUAGUGUGGUUGAGAGUGAAAGAUGCGCUUCUCUUGGAUCCAGAGAAAUGUCUGUUAGAUCUGGGCGAACCCCAAUUUUUUCCUUCAUGUAUGCCGGUAUGCUGGAGAUCCGGCACGGCGCCGGAAUACUAUCAGCCAUGACUAAUAACCCAGUUUAUGAAGCAAUCAUCUCCAAAAGUACUCUGAUCUCUUCAGGAUCUCCUGCUGUCUACCAGCUGAGACCAAAGGAAGAGAAGUUUGGGACUCUGACAAGAAAAACUGUUGGAGAGAAAAACCUGAACAAGACAAACAGAACCAUCUUACUUGUAGGUGAAACAGGAGCAGGAAAAUCUACUCUGAUCAACGCUCUGGUCAACUACACCAUGGGAGUGAAGUUUGAGGACAACAUCUGGUUUGAGAUCGUAGAGAGAGAGGAGAGAAGUCAGUCAGAGAGUCAGACAUCAGAUGUGAUCGUGUACGAGAUCUUUGAUAAAACUCUGCCCUACUCUCUGACCAUCAUCGAUACUCCUGGAUUCGGAGACACCAGAGGGAUCGAACAUGAUGUCAUCGUUAGUCAAAGAUUAUUUGACUUGUUCCGCUCAGACGAUGGAGUUCAUGAGAUCGAUGCAGUGGGUCUGGUGCUGAAGGCGAGUGAUAAUCGACUGAAUGACCGUAUGAGGUACAUCUUUGAUUCAGUAAUGUCUCUGUUUGGAAAAGACCUGGAGGAGAACAUUGUCACUCUCAUCACACACUCAAAUGGAAGAACACCUCAAAAUGUUCUGAAAGCUCUUGAAGCUGCAAACAUUAAAUGUGCCAAAAAUGAGAAGAAACAACCUGUUCACUUCCUGUUUGAUAACUGCCAGAAUGAAGACCGAAGACAUGACAUAGAAGACUUGAAACAUGCUGAUAAAAUAACAAUGAAAGGAAUGAAUCAGUUCAGUGUCUUUCUAGAAAAAACUGCACCUCAAAAACUGAGUAAGACCAUGGAUGUUAUGAACUCACGGGUCAGACUGACAGCCUGCAUCCAAAACCUGCAAGAAAGAAUCCAGCUGAUUGAACUGAAACAGAGAGUGAUCCAACAGACUGAAGAAGCUCUGAAGAAACAUGAAGAAGAGAUGAAGAAGAAUGAGAAGUUCACUGUAGAAGUUGAUGAGGUUGAGGAGAUUAAAGAAAAGAUUGACGCUUGGUGGGACUAUAAAGCUGUCACCUGUAACAAAUGUAAAGAGAACUGUCACUAUCCUGGAUGCACAUGGGCUAGGGGUCCUGGAAACUGUGAGGUCAUGAAAGAUGGUCACUGCACUUCAUGUACAGGGAAGUGUCCUGCAUCAGAUCAUGUGAAAGAAAACUGGAUCUAUGUGAACAAGACCAGGAAAGUUAAGAAGACCAAACAAGAUAUGAAAAAAAAGUAUGAAGAGAAUAAGUCAGAAAGUGAGAAGAAGAAGAGCCUGAUGGAAAAUGUUGACACAGUGAUGGAAGAACUGAAAGCAGAGAAGAUAAAGUUGCUGGAUGAGGUCUACCAACAUGUUGAACAUCUGGAGCAGAUCGCCCUGAAUGAUAAUUCACUGUCCACUCAUGUCCACUUGGACUUCCUGAUUAAGAAGAUGAAGGACACAGGAGACACAGAGAAGGUGAAGAAGCUGGAGGAGAUGAAGAGUCGACAGGAUGAAGGAAUCAGAGGAGGGCUGGGGUACAUGAUGGGUGGCGACAGAGUCCAUGAAGCCUCACAGCGGCUCGGAAAGCUCAGAGAAACACUCACAUCUACGGGGAGAGAGACCCGGAGGACGGGUUCUGGAGGCAAUGAGGACGGCCGGGACACAGAGCAGGCAGCCCCGGCACCGGAGCGCACAUAUGGGCUUAAACCCGGAGCUGUAACCGCGGAGGUUUGUUCUCAUUGUGUGCGGAGUGGCGCAGGAGAAAAGGAUGCCUCCGCGGCCAAACACAGCCCUCCUGUUACGAUCCAAACGCCAGAUUAUUCCCCGACAGAAAGUGUCUUCUCUGCCCGAUCUGACGGACGCUUUGCUGCCGCUGAUUCCUGA